AUGAAGAGCCAGUUUAUCUUUGCUUUUGCGGCUCUUUUGAUGAUAGCAUCGUUGAUUUUAGAAGGCGAUUGCUUUACUGGCCCUGUUCAGGGGAAAGUGGCAAAGGUAAUAUACUGGAACGAAAACAUUCUAAUACCACUUAGACAAUUAUUUCCAACCGAUUUACUAAAAAAGAGAACGCACGGAAAAAGCAUAUAGGAUAAGCCAUUUCCGAUUUUCUAAAACUCUCACCUUCAAAACGAGGACACGUGUAAAACCUUUCCUGUGAAAAUGAGAUUUAUUUGCAUGAGAAUCAUUUUUAUAUUAUUCAAGGUGACUCGACCCAGUUAUUUUGUGAGGGUACCAUCCUACUUUGAAGCUCUCUGGUAUCCCCACCUUUACUUUGAUCAUAAGUCUAACAUAUAGCAUCGAUAACAUUUUGAUCAAUCUACAAUAUAGCUUAAAAUGUUUGGCCAUCGGAGUAAAUGUCACGUGGUUAUAGUGUCACGCCUCUCUGAGGUCUGAGACGAAAUUCUGCUGUUGCCGGCAUUUUUUCUUGAAAAUCUUUCGACUGCAUAUACUUCGCAUUAGUGACUCAGUUACGUUGACCAUAGUUUCACCAAAUCACAAAGAACCAAUGCGAGAAAUUCAGCGGUUUCCAAAUUUAGGUCAUAAUUUAUGUGAAAAUGAUAAGCAAACUUUACACGAUUAUAUCUAAUAAACUAUGAGAUUUAUCCCUUUAUUUUGGAGAUCUUUAUAACAGAUGGGUCCUUGCAAGUCAGCAAAAAGCUUUAGGGCCUUGCAAUGCGCGCGAUUUCGAGAAAAGCAAACAUAUAGAAAUUAUAGUUUUAGCUAUUUGUUGACGCUUGUCAGCGUUUGGGAGUUCUUCUCACGAAAAAAGUAUUUUCUUAAAAACUCAUAGUUUUUUUCCUUCAAAUUUUUUCAGGGCCACAAUUGAUUAACUAACUAGCCGGAUUCUGACUUUCAUGGUCAUUGAAAAACUGUAAUAUUAUCUUCUAUAAGCCCACACUUGAGUAAACAUUGAAGACCGCUGAACCGCUCAAUUUCUCGCAUUGGUUCUUUGCGAUUUAGUGAAACUCUGGUCAACGCAAGGCACUAAUGCGAACCAUAUGCAGCCGAGAGAUUUUAACGAAAAAAUGCAGGCAAUAGCAGAAUUUGGUCUCAGACCCCAAAGAGGCGUGGCACUAUAACCACGUGACAUUUACUCCGAUGGCCAAACAUUUUAUGCUAUAUUGUAGAUCGAUCAAAAAUGUUAUCCAUGCUAUAUAUUAGACUUAUGACCAACGUAAAGGUGGGGAUACCAGAGAGCUUCAAAGUAGGAUGGUACCCUCACAAAAUAGCUGGGUCGAGUCACCUUAAUAGCUUCGCGUUUAGCCCCGCUUUGAAACCGCCUUGAGCAACGUAACUCGGAAAUUAACCAUUUCCGUGACACAAAAAAAUAAGCAAGGGGCACACGUACACCAACCCUCGGCCUGGCCAGUACCUCAAAGAUGCACACCGCCAGAUCCCCGGGCAGUGGCAGCCAUGGAUAGCUGUUUCCAUGCCUCUUAUACACACAGGUAUUGACUUGAUAUUUUGCCUGAUUUUGUCAAUUUUUUUCUUUUUUACCCCUAACAACUCAAUCAGAGGACAAUGCAGAUUUGCCGUGCAGCAAGAAGCCUUGGCUGCAGGAAUAUAGAACAAGAAGAGGCUGAUGACCCCAUGAAAGAAGGGAGGACUCGACGUGAAGUAAAAGAGAGGAGUUUUCUAUUGUGUCUAGUUGUGUUUUCUUUUGUGUCAUGUGUUUUCUAUUGUGUCUAGUCUGUCAUGACUUACUAUUCGGGUGAGAGAGGAAGUUCACCGAGAAGAGAUUGAGUAGCAUUUCUUGAUUUUUUUGCAAAGACACAAGAAGUUCGAGAAUUGAUUAAAAAUCGUUAGUUAUACCUCUAUGUAUCACCCGAUCGCCUGUCUCACCGUACCAAAAAUUAUCAUAUCUCGGUGAGCAUUCGGAAGUCAGCCAAGCGCGGUCAUUGCAUGCGUGCUGAACAAGAAUGCUGUAACAUGACAGACUAGACACAAGAAUAGAAAAUUUCCAAAGCACAAACUCAGCCAAAACGCUAAAAAUCUUCAAUGUUCACUCAAGUUUGGGCUUAUAGAAGAUAAUGUCACAGUUUUUCAAUGACCAUGAAAUUCAGAAUCCGGGUAGUUAGUUAAUCAAUUGUGGCCCUGAAAAAAUUUAAAAGAAAAAUCUACGAGUUUUUAAGAAAAUGCUUUUUUCGUGAGAAGGACUCCCAAACGCUGACAAACGUCAACAAAUAGCUAAAACUAUAAUUUAAUUUCUAUUUGUUUUGAUUGCUCGAAAUCGCGCGCAUUUAUAAGGCCCUAAAGCUUUUUGCUGACUUAAAAUGGACCAUCUGUUAUAAAGAUCCCCAAAAUAAACGGAUAAAUCUGAUAGUUUAUUAGAUAUAAUCGUGUAAAGUUUGCUUAUCAUUUUCUCAUAAAUUAUGACCUAAAUUUGGAAACCGCUGAAUUUCUCGCAAUGGGUGUUUGCUAUUUUGGUGAAACUCUGAUUAACGCAAGGCACUAAUGCGAACUAUAUGUAAGCGAGAGAUUUUCACGAAAAAACGCCGGCAACAGCAGAAUUCCGUCUUAGACCCCAAAGAGGCGUGGCACUAUAACCACGUGACAUUUACUCCGAUGGCCAAAAAUUUUAUGCUAUAUUGUAGAUUGAUCAAAAUGUUAUCCAUGCUAUGUUUUAGACUUAUGAUCAAAGUAAAGGUGGGUAUACCAGAGAACUUCAAAGUAGGAUGGUAUCCUCACAAAAUAACUGGGUCGAGUCACCUUAAUAGCCUCGCAGUUAGCCCCGCUUUGAAACCGCCUUGAGCAACGUAACUCGGAAAUAACCCAUUUCCGUGACACAAACAAAAAGCAAGGGGAACACAUACACCUACCCUCGGCCUGGCCAGUACCUCAAAGGUGCAAACCGCCAUAUCCCCGGGCAGUAUGGAUAGCUGUUUCCAUACUUCUCAUAGACACAGGUAUUGAUUUGAUAUUUUACCUGAUUUUGUGAUUUUUUUUCAUUUUUACCCCUAACAACUCAAUCAGAGGACAAUGCAAAUUUGCCGUACAGCAAGAAGCCUUGGCUGCAGGAAUAUAGAACAAGAAGUGGCUGAUGACCCCAUAAAAGAAGGGAGGGCUCGACGUGAAGUAAGAGAACGCUGA